AUGACCAUGGCCGUGGACUCCAGCCAACAGCGCUACCUCAACAACUUUGACCACAUGAAUUCCUACUCACAUCACACGGCCGCCGCGCCACACUUUACCAACCCGUGGACCGCGCCGUCCGGCGCCAGCCAGCAGAAUGCCUACAGCAGCAUGCAGCAGCACCCGUCGCUCGGUGGCAUUGACAGCCUGCGCCAACAUCACCAGCAACAGCAGCCGCAGCCACAUCAACAGCUUCCGCAGCCUCACUCGCAGCAGCCGCAGCAGCCGCACCAUCACCAGCUGCCACAGCCCUCACCACACCACCACCAGGCGCCACACCACGCACAGCACUCGCCCGUGACGCAGCAGCACCCGCAGCAGCAAUCCCCGAGCCACCACCAGCAGCCGCACCCGCACCACCAGCAACAGCAGCAGCAGCAGCACCAGCACAGCCAUCAGCAGGCACAGGCGCAACGGACACCACAGGCGCAGCAGCAGUCCCUCCAGGGCCCGCCGCGUCCGCCCAGCCAGCAGCCGCUGCCGCCUGCGCCCACCCUGCACCGCAACGGCAGCACCAGCAUGGCCCCCAGCGCGCCGAUGGCGUACGGCACGGCCGGCGGCAUGGCCGUCUCGCUGCCGCAGGCCGGUGCCCUGGGCGGCGCCACGACGACGAGCGCGGGCUACGCCGACUCCAGCAACUUGGCCGCCUCGUACUCGGCUCCCUCGCCCAUCCACCCGACGGCGGCGUAUGCCGCGGCCGCCACGCCGUACGACCAGAUGGGCUACGCACCCGCGACGACGAUGCGCGGCGCGGCGCCGCCGCCGCCCGGUGGCGCCUUUGGCCUUGAUGCGUCGGCGGCCGAGGUGGCCCGCCGCUUCUCGCAAGACGCGGCGGCGGCGGCAGCGGCGGCGGCCGCUGCUGGGGCGCACCAGGGCGACAACCGCCGCGGGUUCCAGGACGCGCUCGAGGCCAGCCAGGGCAUGAUGUCGCUCAACAGCCAGGACACGCCGCGGCCGCUGGGGUACCCGAGCACCACCGCUGGCGGCGGCAGUGCGGGCAGCAACGGCCUGGCCCGCUCGGCGCGCGGCUCGGCCGACUCGUACGGGUUCCCCUCGACGGCGCACAGCACGAGCUCGAGCGUGUCGAGCCAGAGCUUCGGCGGCUUCUACACGACGGGCGGCAGCUCCAUCGACUCCAACUCCAACAUCAGCGACUACUCGGGCUCCGACAUGGAGGGCGUCUCGUCGCGCCGGCACCACCACAUGCUGCACGGCGGCGUGCCGCCACCGCCGGCACCGCACCACCACGGCGUGCACGGCGCAGCCGCCGCGGUGCACCCGGGCCAGCGCCACCAGCCGCCGUUUGUCGGGUCGGUGCCGCCGGCGCCGCAGUCCAUGAUGGGCCAGUUCAGCUCCAAGAUGACCAACUCGGCGCAGAAGAAGCACAAGUGCAAGGUGUGCGACAAGCGCUUCACGCGGCCCAGUUCGCUGCAGACGCACAUGUACAGCCACACGGGCGAGAAGCCCUUCCGUUGUGAGGUUCCCGGAUGUGGCCGCAACUUCAGCGUCGUGUCCAACCUGCGCCGUCAUCGCAAGGUCCACAAGGACCUGACGCCGUCCGAGGCCGGCUCAGACGACCACCACAAUUCGGAGUAG